CAGGGAUCAUGUCAUUUAUGAGGAUGACUCCACUCUGGAUUAUUGUUGCAUCUCUUAACAUAAUCUUUCCAGCUCAUGCUGUGGAUUUUAACCGACCAUCAUUUAUCUCGGUGAAGGCUGGAGAACGUCUUACUCUGAACUGCACAUUUCCAGAUAUAUACAAUACACAACUUGUUGCUUGGUACAAGCAAACCUUUGGAGAGAUGCCUCAGGAGGUGGGGAAAAUUAUAGCAAACAGGGGCACCCAAAUUUCCCCAGAGUUCGACUCCUUGAGGUUUAAUGUAGAGAAAAUCAUGAAUGGCAUUUCUCUGACAAUUGUACAAAUGAAGAAAUCUGAUAAAGGACUGUAUUUCUGUGGAUUAUAUACCUGGGGCAAUUUUUAUUUUUCCAGUGGAACAUUCAUAGCUGUAACAGGUAAUGAAGAUGUAAAAGUAUCAGUGUGGCAGCGCGGCGUGUCGGACUCGGUUCCUGCAGGAGCCUCAGUGACUCUGCAGUGCUCGGUUCUCUCUGAGAGCAGAGCAGCAGAACUCCAAGUGCUCUGGUUCAGAGCUGCUCCACCACAAUCCCAUCCUCAAAUCAUUUACACUCAUCACAACAGCAGCCAUCAGUGUGAGAGCGGCUCUUCUACACACACCUGUGUGUACAACUUCACCAAGAACAUCCUCAGCCUCAAUGAUACUGGAACUUACUACUGCGCUGUGGCCCUGUGUGGGAAGAUCGUAUUUGGGAACGGGACACGAAUACAGCUGGGUGUGAACACAUUCACAGAGCAACAUUUCAAGGGAUCUGAUGCUGUAGUGAUCUGCCUUGCUGUAGCGCUGACAGUGUGUGUGGUGGUGAUUUUUGCUCAUGUGAUUUUAAACUGUAAAAAACAAAAGUUGGAAAAACAUAGAGCAAAACUUCUACAAGGUGUUUUGAAAGAACAAACACACAAUCAGGGCCGUGAUGCUGUGGAGCUGAAUUACGCUGCACUGAGUUUCACUGAGAGGAAAACUAAAAGUGGAAGAAUAAAAAGAGGACAAGCUCAAGAUACUGUUUAUUCUGAAGUGAUUCACACUCCUGCUACUUAGAUUACCGUUAAUAACCUUAUUAAAAUUGUCUGCUCAAUGUUUAAGCCAAAUCAAUGUAAAAAUAUUUCACUGACAUAAUCUGUUCUCUCCGGUGCUGAGAAAUCUAACUUCAUAUGUUACAGGCCUGAUUAGGUUGAAAAGAUUAUGAAGGAAAUGUUGAGUAGCAAUUAUAAACUGAAUCUAUAAUAGCAUAAUAAAGCCUGAAUGUACUUUUUAAACCUAUGUUCCGUUAUAAAGUCGAACAAAUGGUGAGGUCUGUUUAUUUACAAGCACGUAUAACACUUUUGUUCCCUGACACACACACACACACACAGGCUACAGAAGUAUAUAUAAACAAAAAAGAGCUUAAAACAGAGACUUGUGGGACAUCAUACUGCAAGUGUUUCCAUUCUGCAGAAUUUCUGUUCAUGCUAAUAAACUGGUGAUGGUCUUAAGUAAAAUCAGUAACUGGAUUAAACUGCCAUUUGUCUAAACUGGCCAUAUUUCAUGAAUCAUACCUGAUUUUUUAGGGCCAAGUCUUGAAGGUCAAAAUAAAC